UGAUCAGCGGGCAAACCCUGGCCCAUCACUCAGCUGGCACCUUGGCAGAAAGUAUGCACCCCCCUCCCCCCCCCUCUGUGUGUUGUGGGGCAAUCCCUCCUGAGAAUGGGGUGAUGCAGCAAUACAGAGCGGAGGAUUGCAAGGGUUACAAGGAGGGGUUUCAGCUUUUUUAGGAGGAGGCGGGUAGAAGUGCCAAAAAAGAAGUCUCUGUGUUUGCAGCAGCUUCCAGGGUUCAUUCCAUGCUCAUAUUUGGUGCUGGGUCUAGUGGAAUUUCCCGACAUCCCCCGCAAGCCUGCCUGUCACCCUCCAGCCUGACAUUAGAGACACUGAGAGGGGAGGGAUAUCUAAGUCAUCAGAUGAGGAGGAGGACAGGAGCAGACACACCAUCCCAUGAGAUCACAGGUACAACAAGACACCAGCAGCAUCAGGGGAUCUGAUCAGCUUCCUUACCCUGCCUGGCAGACUGGCAUAUGUUUUCCUUCCUGCUCUGCCUCUUCACCCUACCGGCUCUGUCAACAGCAGCUCUUGUCCCUGUCCCUGUCCCCUUCGUUUUGUUGGUGAGAAUAUCACAGUGAUGUCUGCAUUCAACCUGCUCCAUUUGGUGACAAAGAGCCAGCCAGUGGCCCUACGAGCCUGUGGACUUCCCUCAGGUUCACGUAGGGAUAACAAAAAAUAUAAAGUUGUCUUUGCUCAGGAAGAACUAAGAGAACGACUAACUCCUCAACAAUACCAUGUCACCCAAGAGAAGGGGACGGAAAGUGCCUUUACUGGUGAAUACACUCACAAUAAAGCCAAGGGAACAUACAGAUGUGUUGUCUGCGGAGCCCCUCUUUUCAAGUCUGAAAAGAAAUUUGAAUCCAACUCAGGAUGGCCUUCAUUUUAUGAUGUUAUCAAUCCAAAUUCAAUAACAUUUACUGACGACUUUUCAUAUGGAAUGCAUAGGGUUGAAACCGGCUGUAGUCAGUGCGGAGCCCAUCUGGGUCACAUUUUUGAUGAUGGACCUCGCCCUACCGGUAAAAGAUACUGUAUAAACUCUGCAUCAAUGAGUUUUGUACCAGAGGAUCCCGAAGAUGGGAAAAGCAAACCUUCACCUUCAGUUGAAAAGAAUGAACUGUGAAAAGGGACACAGCUGAAGUAAUGGGUUUAAAGCCAGUGUCCGUAGGGACAUCCUUCUGGUCUGGACUGCCUGCUUCGUUUGCAAAAACUAAACAGCAAAUCCACUAAAACCUAUAGCAUUUUGCCUUGCACUGUCUACGUUUGCAACCUAUAUACACUGACAGAUAUACAAAUUUGUAAAUUUGGUUUUCUAAUGUAGCAUUAGUAGAUAUCAAAAGCAGUGUUAUUUCGGUUCAAUUUAUUUAAAUGUAUAUUUAGAAUGAUCGAGUGCUUAAGAUACGUCUACACAUACGUGUAAAUAAAUUAAAAUCUACAUUUUAUAUAUUUUUUUCUAUUUUAGACAAACAACACAAACUGAUUAUUGAAUUAUUAGCAUUUAUACCGUGUCAACAUCGUCCGCAGUGCUUUUCGGUUGAUUAUACAAUAAAAAUGUAAAACAAGUAACUGACAGACAAAAAUACGUUGACAGACAAGAGGUGAAGAAGACCCUGCUCAAAAGCAGUUACAAUAUUGUUUUAUUAAUCUAGAGUAUCAUUUCUGUUGAAGGAAUUCCAAGGAAUGUACUAUAUAUUUUUUCUUUAACGAUUGCUUUGUAUACAUAAAUACAAAAUAAUAUAA